AUUGCAGUAAAACUGUGUGCGGAGUUAACAUGUGUCACUGUGAUCCAGAUGUGCACAGAAGCGCAGUGCGCGUGUGUCCAGAGCAGGAAACCAUCACAGCUGAGUCUGGACAGAAUGUCACUCUGACAUGUCGAGCUCCAAACAGCAACAACAUCAACACCAUGGAGUGGCACAGACCUGACCUGGAGCCGGUGUAUGUGCUUUUGUUCCGGGAUGGACACGUUGAUCCGGAUAACCAGCAUCCAUCCUUUAAGGACCGGGUGGAUCUGCAGGACAGACAGAUGAAGGAUGGAGACGUGUCUGUGAUCCUGAAGAACGUGACAGUUAAUGACACUGGAACAUACGAGUGUCACGUCUUUGAGAUAGGAGCAAAGCAAGGGAAGCUCCUCAGAGGCAUCACCCUGAGAGUUGUUCCUCCAGGUUCAGGAGGAGCUGCUGGACUGAUCGUCAGUCUGCCAGAUUUCGUUCUUCUUCUUGUUCUUGUUGCUGUUGGAUUUGUGGUCUAGAGAAGAACAGAGUCGGGGUCCAUACGAACGUCCUGCUGCAGAGAUCCAGCAAACAGCCAUCAGAUUCAUCCUGAUACGUCUGAUUAUCAUCAAACCUGCGUUAAUGUGUCAAAUCUGUCAGUGAUCCUGUGAACUACAACUUCAGUGUUUCAUGGAGGAAGUUUACAAGAACAAAAGACUGCUUCAGAUCAACUGAUGGACAUUUUUGGCUUGUAGGUGUGAAACAUCCAGAACAUCCAGAACAAACAUAAA